AUGUUGAAACAAUUGUCCAACACCCCAGGUGAUGUGGAGGCUCUGACUCCCCGCUUCAAACGUAUCAAGCGAAAUCCGUUUUCCAUUCGGAACCUGGCCUUAGUAGUCGCCAGUGCCGGUCUACUAGUCGCCGGGUACGGAUACACCUGCCACACGAAGUUAUUUCUGACCGACCAAUCUCUCGCUGCUGGGGAGAACGAGGCUACUGCUAGUGAGCAUGUCCAUGCAUCCGACCCGAAAGCCUUUCAGCAGUGUGCCAUUGAAAAUAUUCUGGAUACUGGCCUGCCAUUCCUGAAAAAUGCACUGCCUAUCGAGAUUGCAGAUUUUCAGGACCGGCGAGAUCGAUUAGCGGCGGCCCUGGUGGCGGAAGAUGUCGACGCUUUUGUCGUGGAGCCGGGUUACACAUUCAAGUAUUAUGGGAACGUGAGCCAACCAGAAUGGGAGGUGUGGGAGCCCGAAGAGCGCCCAUUCUUGAUGGUCGUCCGCCCCGCGUGGGACCAGACUACGGGUCAAAUCAGAGAAAAUACAACAUUUCUCUGUCCAUCUUUUGAAGCGGAGCGAGCCCGUCUUUUAGGGAUGCCCUUCACCGAAGAGAUUCAAAUUGUCCCGUGGGAGGAACAUUGGAAUCCAUACACUACCCUUCAGCAGUCAGAUGUCUUUAUGGGCUUGAGUCGUACGCCACGUUUGAUGGUCGAUGAAGAGAUGCGAGAUUUCAUCCAGCGAGGACUGGGAUCGGUGGGCUUUGAUGUGGUUGGCCUGCGAGGACGAGUCGAAGAAGUUCGACAGAUCAAAUCUGCUCGUGAGGUCGAGAUUUUGCGUGCGGUCAACACGGGCACGGUUGAGGCGGUGCGGCAGAUGAGGAAGUGCCUCUAUCCUGGGUUGACGGAGAGUGAAAUAGCCACAGUGCUUGACAAUACCCUGCGUGCAGCCGGCAUGGAUCCCUUCUUUGACAUAGUGCUUUUCGAUGAGAAUGCGUCGAAUCCGCACGGCGGAACCAAUGGGACGAAGGUUCUGGACGCUGAGACGUUUAUUUUGAUUGAUGUCGGUGCCCAUCUAUAUGGAUACUCGUCCGAUAUCUGUCGUACCUUUUUCCCGCCAUUCUUAGAGAAGCCGUCCAGGGAUGAAGCCCCAUCGCCGCGCUUGGCUGAGAAACUGAAGGUGUGGGAUAUUGUGUUCGACGCUCAAACGCAAUCAAUUCGUCAGAUGCGAGAGAACAUGACAGCAGCAAGCGUGGACCUUGCGGCCCGUGAGGUUAUUACGACAGCUGGGUACGGUCGAACCUUCACACACCGGGUUGGUCAUGGAAUUGGCAUUAAAGCUCAUGAAAGCCCUUAUCUAAAUAAAGGAAACUUCAAUACCCUGCUAAAAACAGGUAUGACCUUCACAUCUGAGCCCGGCAUAUACCUGAUUGAUAAAUUUGGUGUGCGGCAUGAGGAUAUUUUACUUGUACAAGGCGAUGAAGAGCCACAUCUCUUGACAGGAAGCAGAGCUAACGGACCUUGGGAUCCUUGA